GAACCAGAUCGGAUGAGUUGGUGAGCGUCAUUCUGGAAACAACUGCUCAACGUCACAUCUGCCGCAAAGUCACAACAUGCGGUCACGUUUAGACCUUACAGUCUUCGCCCUGCAGGCGACGAGCCUCUUUGCACUUGGUUUCUGUGCCUCAAGUCAGAAGCCUCUCGUUGCCAAUCUACCGACUUUCAAUCUACGCGAACAGACCGACGUCCUUUGCGAUGCCGGGUCGCGACACUGGACUGGUUUGGUCCCAAUCACAAACGACAAGAGCUUGUCCUUCUGGUAUUUCGAAAGCCGUAGCCACCCACAGACGGACCCAGUACUGUUGUGGAUGAGCGGGGGCCCUGGCGCAACCGGCGAAUUGGGCAUCCUCAAAGAUAGUGGACCUUGUCAAGUGAACCUAGAUGGUAAUUCUACAUCGAAGCGGCCAUUCUCCUGGACGGACAAGGCCAACGUGCUUUUCAUUGACCAGCCAGUGGGCGUGGGGUUCUCGGAAAUCAGUGACCGAGAUCUGAUGGCAGUCACACUGGAACAGGGAGGUCGCGAUCUCUACGCCUUUCUCUCGGUUUUUACAUCCCGUGUCUUUCCUGACACAGCCGACAAGACUUGGCACAUCGCCGGUGAGUCAAUGGGAGGCCAUUAUGUUACUGGAUACACGCAGUACAUCAUCCAGCAGCAGCGAGAACGAGCCAUUCAAAGCAAGGCCAUUCCGCUCAAUAUCGCCACAGCAAUUAUUGUUGAUGGGUACAUCGAUGACUCCAGAAGUGCGGCUGGCUUUUACGAUUAUCUCUGUCUUGACUGGCGUGGUGAUGGUCGUAAGCCCCUUCUCGACCCCGAAGAGUGCGAAUCCAUGGUCGCUGGUGUUCCGAGCUGCGAGAAGAAGGGAGCGCUCUGCCGCGAUACCUAUGAUGUCGAGGUUUGCACUCUGGCCACGUCGCACUGCAACGACACGGUGGCCAAAUAUUUCUGGAACAACGUAAAGUCCGGAGGUUGGAAUCCUUAUGAUGGCCGACUGACAUGCGAAACGCCUCCACUCUGCUCUGACCUGCAGGGCGGACCAACAAGGGAGUUUCUGAAUAAGCCUUGGGUUCUAGAGAGACUUGGGUACCCUGGAAAGUCCUUCUCACUCAUUGACAUGGACGCCAACCAGAGGUGGGAAGAUGACGGCCAUCUUUUCCUGCCGACUACGCGGGAACUGACGUGGCUUCUUGACGAAACAAAUAUUCGCGUUCUCUUCAUCAAUGGCAAUGAGGACAUGAUCAUAAAUUCGCCCGGGCAGAUCAGGAUGCUGGAUGAACAACCCUGGGCUCGCCAAGCUUGGUACAGGCAACAGGCAUUCAAGGAUUGGCACUAUGCCGACGGCGAAAUAGCGCGGGAGGGACUCGCUGAUAAAGGGAAGAAGGGAGGGAAAUGGAAGGGCGAUAAUCGCCUCAGUCUGUUUCUGGUGGACGAAGCUGGCCACAUGGCCCCCUGGGAUCAGCCCGAAGCAGUCGGCGCCAUUGUCAGGGCAUGGAUACGGCCCUGAACUGUCAUGGUUGCAUUUUGCGAGCGUGUCAUACGCGUGCGACCAGGAGUCCAAGGCCAGGCACCCUCCGUAUUAUCAUCUUGCAUGAGAAUGUCUGAUGAGACUCCAUCAGAUGUGCCGCUGAUUGAGUAAAUCUUUAGCGGAUCAUAGCAUUUUCAGAGGGAGUUGCGGGCAGCGCACGCAACUGUGUGGCUUUUUGACAUCCCACGAUAUUGUCCAAGCAGCAUCAUUGAUAUCACCGUUGACGUAAGCUAUAUGUACAGAACGACACUAUCAUUCGGACCGCCAAUCCCAAACCUCCCAGCCGGUAUGUCUCUGCCAGGCGGAUAUUCCAAAUCCUUUGUGGGAGCCUUCAGGAGCGGAUGUUUGGCGCCAGAGUACCUAGUAUAGAUUAUCUACCCGCUGCCG